AUGUUUAUAAAUUUAGAAAAAGACUUAAAAAAUUUAUAAAAAAAGAGUUAGGAAUAUCAAGACAUCACAUAAAAAUAUCUAGUUGCUGAUUCAGGAGUGAGAGUAAUGAAUGAUGCUUUUAAAUAAAUAUUGAAUAAGAAAAAAAGUAAUUAAUAAAUGAUAUGAUAAGGCAAGCAAUUUUUUUGUAAAAAUUGUCCUAAGAAAUUUUUAUCAUUUCCUGCAUUGAAAGAACAUGCUAAAAAGAAUCAUGGAUUUUAACCAUUAUAAAAUGGAGAGGCUAGAAAGAGAGGAAGACCAAGAAGAGAUGUAAUAAAGCCAAGUGAUUAAUUUAUUGAAUGGGAGAAAAAUUAAGGAUAGCAAUAACCAAAACCAAAGAGACCAUCAUCUUUAAUAACUUUAAGAAUGGAAUCAAUUAAAGAGAUGGGUUUUAGUGGAUCAUUACGUGUAAAUAAUAGAGAUUAAAUUAGCAGCCUAAUUUAUAAGUACAUACUUCAAUAAAAGAUGCAAUAACAAGUUUAAUAAAUAAAUUAGAGCAUUAAUUAGAAGAGAAUUAUAUAUUGAUUGGACUUGAAGAGAUGAAUAAGUAUUAUGAGGAAGAUUAGGAAUUUUAUUUGGAGAAAAAUUAUAAUGUUAGUUAAUUAUUGGUUUCAUUUCUAAUAAAUUUAUCAAUGCAAGUAAAUGAUGAAUUAUUAAGAGUAUUCAUCACUUUUACGAAAGCUAUUUAUUUUUUUAUUGAUAAUUUUGCAAGAGAUAUUUUAUUUAAAUAAUUAUCUCCAGAGGAAUAUGGAGUAAUUUAUAUUAAAUAUAUACAUAUAUAGUUGAUUCCACCAAUAUGUCCAAAUAAGAAAUUUCAUGAAUUAAUGACAAUAUAGACAUUUCCUUUAAUUUUGAAUGACUUUUUAGAAUUUUUACCACACUUUUAAGAAGCAUUUCCAUUACCUUUUGCAGCAAGAGUACUUAAAGAAAUUUGUGAUUGGAGCACAGCAGAAUGUAAUGGAUUUAAAGUAUAUUUUAAUCUUUGA